AUGGGAUUUAAAGUCAUUAUCGUAGGUGGCAGCGUCGCUGGCCUAUCUGUGGCCAACAUGCUUGAGAAAUUCGACAUAGACUAUAUCCUUCUCGAAGCCUAUCCACACAUAGCCCCCCAAGUAGGUGCCAGCAUCGGCAUCCUACCCAACGGCUUCCGCAUCCUCGAUCAACUUGGAUGCUUCGAGCCCAUCCUCGACAUUGCUGGGAAUUGCCGCUACACCAUCGGCGCCAUGCAUGGGCCUGAUGGUCUUCCCCUUACCGCUCCUUCACCGACCAGCAUUUCGGUUCACUUUGAGAAAAGGGUCGGCUAUCCCUCCAUUUUCAUCGAUCGACAGAUGUUGUUGCAGAUUCUGUACGAUAACCUGAAACACAAAAAUCGAGUGUUGACCAAGAAGCGGGUUUCUCGCAUUGAAUUGGUGAACGGCGGAGUCCAGGCUCAUGCCCAAGAUGGCUCCGUAUACGAGGGCGACAUUGUCGUGGGAGCAGACGGCAUCCACAGCGCAGUAAGAGACGAAAUGUGGCGCCUCGGAAAGGAACAGAGCCCUGGAUACUUCCCCGAGGACGAAAACUCUCGAGUUCCAGUAUCGACUAGGUGCAUCUUUGGAAUUUCGAAACGGCCAUCUGGUCUAGGUAGCCGAAGCCAACAGAUGGUGGUUGGCGAAGGCCAUGCAUAUCUAAUCAUAGCAGCGCCAGGAGACCGAACGUAUUGGUUCCUCUUCGAUGGUCUUCCAGAGACAAAGUACGGCAGGGACAUUUCUAAAUAUACCAAAGCCGACGAAGAAGGACUCGUAAAGGAGCGCCGUGACGAUCAUAUCACCCGGGAUAUCACCUUUGGCGAGUUGUAUGACCAAAGAAUUAUGUCGACGCUGGUUCCACUCGAGGAGUAUGUUUUUGAUCGUUGGCAUUACGAGCGCAUCGUCACGAUAGGAGAUUCGGCUCACAAGAUUGAUCCGGCAUCUGGCCAAGGCGGAAAUGGAGCCAUAGAGUCUGCAGCACUGCUUGUCAAUGCUCUGGUGCGUCAACUGAAACUGAGCCCCCAAGGCCUUUCGGACUCUCAGAUAGACACUGCGCUGUCAGAGGUCCACGCGCUCCGCUACGGGCGUGCCAAGCGUCUAGUUGAGCAAGCGCACUCGCUUCAAAUGAUGAUCAGCCAGCGGUUCCCGUUCUCCCGCUUCCUAUUCAAGCCUCUUGUUCCAUUAUUCGGCCAGGACGCCUUUGUCGACAUUGUCACCCCGAUCUGCUGCGAAGCUACUAGAAUCCAAGGUAUUCCUGUUCCAAAACGACCUCACUUCGUCCCAUUUGAGGACGAAUUACCUGCAAAGCCCAUCAAGGGCGGCCUUGUCAGGCGAGUCCCAUGGAUGCUCACAUCCGGCACUCUUGGGCUGUUGCUCGUCGCUGCGCUCAAAAACCAGGACCUUGGAGCUAGAACGGGAGUCCUCUACAGCGCCUUUCAGCGAUGGGGUGCUGGAGGCCUCUUGGCAAAGUUGGUUGGCCAGAGCUUGGCGGCAAGCCUAGUCAAUCUGAUCCCCAUUCUCUCUGCAUGGCUCAUCGAGGGCUCUCGGCAUGGAAAUGCACUAAACCCCUUGUCAUGGAUAAGGGUCUACUCGCUCAUAUAUACACUCAUCGGUCCGAGCUCGGUGCUGCCAUGCUUCUGUUUGUCGUCUGUCCUUUUCUCCACAAAGUCCAUCAUAAACAGACCUGUCGACCCCAAGAUCGCUCAGUCCAUCGUUCCAGGCGUUCUCCUAGGUUACGUGGCACCGACGGUGGCAGCACUGUUGCCGAUCAGAGACACCAAACUUAGGCAUUGUGUCGGGAAAUUUUGGCAGGCAUACCCAUUGUUUUGUGCAGUCUUCACUAAAGGACUUGCUGCUAUCCGCACCGGGAGGAUCGAAAACAGCGGACAACCGGAAGCCGAAACGAAGGUUGAAGACAGGCCAAUCGACUAUGCUCCCCAAUCCGCACUUCAACUGUAUACAAACGAGGAUGUAGCGCCCCUUAAACUCUCUCAUGGCUUUGCACUUGCCCUCUGUGUGGCUGUUCCGGUCAUCGCGAAAACCGUAUCAACCGCCGCUACGCAUCUAUCCGCCGACUGGGCGCUAUCGGCCAUGUCGCAAGUAGCGCCUUUCGGUCCAAACACAGGUAUCAUAAGCGCAGCGUCAGGCCUGGCAUACUCUCUGUACGCUGUCUGGGAACUGCGCUCACUCGGCUUUGUGAGAACAAAGCAGGCUGUGCUUGGAGGCUUGGCCUCACUCGGUGCUUUGGGACUGGCUGGACCUGGUGCCAUGAUUGCGUGCAUUGAUUAUUGGCGCGAGCAUGUUAUCUCCAGCUUGAGUCCUUAG